GUCACAAUCCGAAGGACUUAGAAACCGCUUACGCUAUCGCGAGUACGAUAUACCACGAUAAUAUAAACUCACAAUUCGACGUUCCGCAAUACAAUCAGCAGAGACAAUAUAAUACAUCACAGUACCAAAACUCAAGCAGAAGACAUUACGAGGAGCCACAAAGGUACAAACCUAACGUACAGGUGCAAUACAAUCAGACAGCACCCCGGCAACAGCAUCAACCAAUGGACGUAGAUUCAUCACAACAAUACACGAGAUCCGCAAAUCCCAAUAGGGAUCAUUCCAAACCACAACAAAACAGCUAUAACCGCCAAUUACAAGGGCUACCUCCAAAUAAUCAAUUUCGCGGUAACCCUCAAAAAAGAGAACGAAAUCCUUCAUCUCAUAAUUCCCACGUACAACAGAAAUGUCAACGUGUAAACCAGACACGCGACGAAGAACUACAAUCGCUUACACCAGAAUACGAGAACGAUGAUUACGAAACAGGCAGCGCUUUUUUAGGCGCAUGAACGAUUUGCCGUGUCUGCAACGCCACUGCAGGGAUACAGGCAAACUUAUUAACAUCCUGAUUGAUACUGGAGCAACAAACAACUAUAUAAGUACAAAAUGUAACUUAGAACCCGCUGACAAUUGUACUAUAAAAAUAUUAGAAGACAAAACAGCACAAUGCGAAACAACCCACGAAAAUAAUGCUAAACUUCGCAUCCUAGAGAAUGGAUACAUUUUGACAGAUUACCAGCAUACUUGGAACAACAUGCAUAUAUCAGGCCCUAAAUUGAUACACUUCAAUGAAUCCACGAACAUCGAUAACAUGACAUAUUACAAUCAUCAAAGACAACUCAGAGAAAUAAUACACAAUCAACACAACGAAAAACUUGAAGUACUCCGUAUCCUUUCUUCAAACUCAAUAUACAAAUUCAGCAAUAUCCAAACACUCUCAACAUUUUUGAUACCUAUUGUAGAAAAUCCAGUACAUUUUACGUUCUUCAUCAUAAUAGGAUUCCUUACUUUAGUAGUCACCACUUACGGUAUGGUACACCUCUGCCGAUAUCGCGUAAAUAGAAGAAUGCUUCACAGACAAAGGCAAAUUGACGAAAUAUACGAAGUCGAAUUGAAUCGUCUUCAACAACAACAAUCUGUAGCAGCAUAGCGAGGACGCUCCGUUUUAAGAAGGAGGGGAGUUAACGACAUAGCCUCGCUCCGGGUCACACACACUCACAUACACCUUAUCUCCUAAUAUACAUUCCGAACAAAGGCGAACUAUGUAUGUAAACCGAUAGAACUCGCUUUGACAUGCACUAUCAGUCGAACAAUAGAAAUGAACAUGCAUUAUCUAGAAAGGCAUUCUCAACAUGUAAACAACAAACAUCUGGCAAUGGAAUAAUCCACUGCGAUAACCAACUCCGCAUCUCAAGUAAUAGCAAGAUAGCAGAUAUCGAAUUACGACAAAGAAGUCGCAUGCAGAUAACAGCAGCCGCAUUUCAUUAGUAUAAAUAGCUGUAAGAUCUUAUAUUAAAAUUCAGUUCUUAAGAAUAUCAAUAAAGGCACGCAUUUCGGCGUAUAAAUAAAA